AUGUGCAGCGCCGCUUUCGCCCGUAUUGAUCCUCCUCCGUCUCCCGCCAUCGCCAUGACCCUCUCCCCUCACUUCCGACUCUGUUGCGACGGCCAUUAUCGUGCAUGUGGCACUUUGCGCGGCGUGACAGCGGGCGUCUGCUACUACCUACCACCUAACCUCUACACCUCACCUCACACUACCUUCGGCUUGCUGCUGUCUCGUGCUGCUGCCUGUGUCCGUCCCUUCUGCUGUCGUGUUACCCCUACCCUCCCCACAGCCUACGUCGCUGCCUCCUCGUCACCCACCACCGCGUCAUACCCCACCACACCAACCCCACCACCCACACACACCCACCACCUUCCUAACGUCCGUGCCUGUCCUUGUUGUGCCUGCCUACCACACUUGAUCUACCGAUCGACUCACGCACCCCCCCCCGCGCGCUUCCCGUAUGCCUCCGCUCGCCUCGCCUGCGCCCUGAACUUACUCUGCCUGCUUCUAGCUCACCCACCCACCUUGGCCUGCACCGCACACCACCCGUCCAACCCGCGACACACUCCCUCGCCGCCUCCCUCGCACCCCCCCCUCUCCCCGAACCCCUGGGCCACCCAAGUCCACCACCCGCCCACCCGCGUUACCAACUGGCACCAGCCGACCCUCGCUCUUAGCCCUACCCAGCCUUUCCGCGUCCUACCCUCUUGUCUGCCUAGCACUCGCACAGCCCCUCUCCACUUAUCAUCUCCCUCACACCCUUACCGUGCCACCAGCGCCAGCGCCACCCCUCCCAAAGAACCUCCGCGUCCGCUCCAACAACGACCACCUAUGCAGCCCCCGCCGAUCUACCACCCCUCCUCGCAUUACCCGGCCUCCUUGCCACUCCUAUCACCACGGCGCCCCGCGCCACCCUCACGACCACACCACCUCACGCCCACCAUCCCGUACCCUCCGGCAUCCCUGGCGCGCACUGCGCGCAUCCAUCCAUCCCCUCGUUCCCAUUACACACAACCACACACCAGCUCCUCAACACACAGCACCCCAGUCCCACUGCCCUCGCCUGCGACGAGUCGAGGCACCGCGCCUCCCGACACACCCCGACGCCAGCAGCAUCCACCAGCACGCACCUACCACCUCAGCAUACCAUAA